CUCUCUCUCUCUCUCUCACUAUAUAUAAUAAUUCUCUUGUGCCAUUGCCAAUCACUUACUCCACAUAAAAAAAAAUUAAGCUCACCAUCUUCAACCAAUGGAAGCAACCUCCUUCACUCCACGUCCCACGCUGCCCCUCCGGUGCUCUCCGGCCAAGUCGCGUAGCCGGAGAAGACUUGUACCCGCAACAAGGAAGACAGUAAUUGCAAGUGUGAGAAGAUCAGGGCAUGAUUAUGGUGGUAGGCCGGUGGAUGAGAACAUGAUCAUCCUCCGGAUGCGCAUUCGGGAGGCCAAGAUGUUGGAGGGCAUCCAUUCGCCGCCUGAGAAUUGGAUGGAGUGGGAGAAACGCUACUAUGCACACUACAAUGAGGAUGUGUGUGAAGCAGUAGGGUUGUUACACUCUUUUUUGAUGGAUACAAGGCCGUGUUUGGCUUUUGGGAUGGCCGCACUUAUUUUAUUGAGCGUGAUCCUUUCAACUUCAGGACUCUUGUUCUAUGCUAUACACAUAGCCAAACAACUCUUAUCUGUGAAUCAAGGACGCCUCUUCAAAAUCAGCAUCUUUGGCUUGUAGUGUUGUACACUCUUUUAUGAAAUAUAUUCUGCGUGAAAUUUACCUUGCAAUAUCCCUUUUGUUUUUAAGUGUCAAAAAAAUGGAAUUUUAUUAUCUAUGCGCGCGGAUAUAUAUAUAUAUAUAUAUUAGUUCAUCAUCAAUUAAUAAGUCCACUGAAGGAAGGAGCAUAUUCCUGCCGCCUGAAUAAAUGCCACUUGAUGCCUUUUUACUCGAUCUGUCCAACUUCAAAAAUAUCAAACUCUUCUCCACCUCUCCCUCUCUCUGAUGAUCUCUUUCUUCGUUGAUUAACUUGUCAUGUUGGUAUGGUUUAAAUAAAAUUUUGACCUAAUUUCAGGUUUAUUUCAGUUAUGUUUUUGUAAAAAGAUAGUAUGAUUUUAACUAGGAAAAAAAAGAUAUGAUUUUAAUAUUUCAGUUAAGUUUUUCUUUAUUGUACUUUAAUUUCAUUCAUUUACUGCUGUUUGAACUUUGGAUUUGAUCUGAUUUUGUAGAAAAGAAGUAUUUGAUUUAAAAAAAUUUAAUCACAUAUUUAAUUUGUUUUCGUUCAGUAAUUGCUAUAUGAAUAAUCUUUGUUUUCCGUGGUGUUGGUUAUUGAACUUAUUGUGUGAGAGGCAAACAAUAGUAUAUCGUGAUCUAAUAGUGUGAUUUCUCAAAUAGAAAAGGGAUCCUAUCAAAUCCAAUUAGAAGGUCCGUUUCUUCUACUUAAAUUUUUCAAAAUUGAUUUCUUGAGCUGAUCUAAACUGAAAUGGGUUUUUUUUUUUUUUUUUUUUUUUUUGAAAAGUAAAUUUCAAUUAUAUAUAUAUAAAAGACAACUUACCGGCAAUAUAAUGGUAGUUAGCCCAGGCUAACUUCAAUUACAAGGCCUAUAGCCAACCCAUCAGUCCCUUACCAGCCUAUUUGGGUUUGGUGUUAUUUAAAUUGAAAUAGGUUGGUGAUUAUUUACUGAAGUAAUAUAUAAUUAUAGUAGAAUGUUCGCUGCCUUUAAUAGUGAGUUAGUGACUAUAUAAAAAUGAUUAUGGUUGUAAUUUUAUGCAAUGAGAGAAAAUGAUUUACUUGUUCAGUAGUGCCAUCAAGCAAAUUGUAAAAAUUCAUUAAAAUAGUAAUUAAUUCUCCAUUUUUUUAUUUUUUUGUUUGGCUCGGUCACUAUUAUAAGUCUUGUGUAUUAAUUUUCAGUUGAGAAGUUUUCUGUUAUUCUAGUAUUCCGAGCUAAUUAAUCUUGUGGCCAAUCUUUUGUCACUAGUUCGAAAGGUAUGAUUUCUUCUCUUUUGAGAGUUUGAGUACGUUCCUGCAAGGACAUGUUGUGGGUGCCAACAAAUAUAUUUAUCAUAUAUUUAAUUUCCAAAAAAAAUAAAAUAUAAAAAAGCAGUCGAUAGAAAACAUAUGUAGAAAAAUGAUAUAACCAAAGGAAUUUUUAUCUAACGGCAUAAUUUCUCUGUAGAAGAAGGGAGACGUUUAAACCCGGACAUGGACGAAAAGGUAUAUGUGUUUCUUUACUAUUCAAAAAAGAAAAAAAAGAAAAAAUAAAUAAAUAAAUAAAUGAUAUAGUUGGCAAACUGUGGCAGUUAUAUUUAUUUAUUGUAACUCUCCCUAUGUGUGGGUGUGUGUUAUUUUAAUAUAUUAUGACAUAUGAACAGCAGAGAAUUUGUAUAUGAUAACUGUGAUAUACAAAUUAAUUAAUCCAUGACCAUCCAUAAUUGCACCAUAUAUUAAUAGAACUGUCAAUUUGUCCUUGGAGUGCUGCCACAAUUUUCAGAAUCGAAAAAGAACUAUAGGGCUUAAAUAUAUAAUACAUACAUAGAUUUGUAUAUACUUGUAUUUAUAUAUUUAUAUGCAUGUAUAGAACUUUUGAUACUAAAAGAUAGGGGGCCGGUUGAAAGUAAAUAAUUAGAUUUUGGUGAUUAAUACAAUGUUGCUCGUUUUGGUUUCUUCAUUAUAUUUCUCACAGUCAUGUGUUCCUUCACUAUGAAAAUGUUCACUUCACCUCAAAUUAAGUAACCAAUAUUAAUUAAUCUCAAAUUAAAUUUCGAUUAAA